AUUCCGACAUUACCAAUUGCAAGCCCACCUAUUCAAGUAUCAGUGUUAAACAAUAAUUGGCUCGAUCUCUGAACACUGGUGGGCGAAGCGUCAUGGGAUUGUUGAAGGACUUGCAUAUACUCGCCACCGACCUAUCACUAUAGCCUAUCACCUUAUUUGAACGUUGGAGUGAAGUGUGCCUAUUUAAGAAAGAUGGGAAAUGGAAGUACCUCCCACCUUCUAUCUUUGGAAUCAAAAGGUUGAAACGAGUUGAGAGAGCGAGAGAUAGAGAACGAAGAAGAGAGAGUGAGUGAGAGAGAGAAAGAGAGAGAGAGGGAGAGAGAGAGAGCCGCAGUUGAGACUGGACUAUAGGCUAUCAGGUCUUCAUUAUUUUCUGUAAAAUGCGUUAGGACGCGAUUGGUCUGUCAUUCAUCUGUUUAUUGAAGUCAUACGGGACGAUUAAAUAUAAGUUCAGGUGUAGGAACCGAAGGCCCAGGUAACGCUCAAGAUGCCAGAGCAGAGUAACGACUACCGCGUGGUGGUGUUCGGGGCCGGUGGCGUCGGCAAGAGCUCUCUGGUGCUGCGCUUCGUCAAGGGGACCUUCCGAGACACCUACAUCCCCACAGUGGAGGACACGUACAGGCAGGUGAUCAGCUGUGACAAGAGCGUGUGCACCCUCCAGAUCACCGACACCACGGGCAGCCACCAGUUCCCCGCCAUGCAGCGCCUCUCCAUCUCCAAGGGCCACGCCUUCAUCCUGGUCUACUCCAUCACCAGCAAGCAGUCGCUGGAGGAGCUCAAGCCCAUCUACCAGCAGGUGCUGGCCAUCAAGGGCAACGUGGAGAACAUCCCCAUCAUGCUGGUGGGCAACAAGAUCGACGAGCCCCAGCGUGAGGUGGAGACCAAGGACGGCGAGGCCCAGGCCACCUCCUGGAAGUGUGCCUUCAUGGAGACCUCGGCCAAGACCAACCACAACGUCACAGAGCUCUUCCAGGAGCUGCUCAACCUGGACAAGAAGAGGAACAUGAGCCUGAACAUUGACGGCAAGCGGUCAGGCAAGCAGUCGCGAGCUGACAAGCUCAAGGGCAAAUGCAGCGUCAUGUAGACAGAUGAGAGCUGGGGAUAGCAGGGGGAACGCUAAUGGCUAAUGGCAGAGACUGGAACCAACAAAGCGAGAGGAACGUCAGCCUCACAGGAAGAGGUAUGAGGAAGUGAAUGGUUCACCAUGGUUGGGGACCUUGUUUGUCGUCAGUGUAGCCCUACUCAUCCUAAUGGCAAGCAUGCCUUUCCCUCUCCCUUCUGUGCAUUCAACCAGCCAUCUUUCUCCAUCUCUCCUUAAGGGGGCCCGCCGCCUGUUUAAACUCACAGGUACACAUGUAUAUGCUCUUCCAAAGCCAUACCAUUCUUAUUGCCUUGUCUGUGUAAACUACUGUAUGUCAAGCAACUAAACCAUCAUGGUUUUGGGUAGAAUAGAAUUUCAA